AUGAUCACAACUCGAUCGCUGUCUUUUUUCGUACUAUUUCUACCUCUCGUCGCGGGUUGGUUCGAAGGUUGUGAUCAACAAUUUCAACUUGCUUCGACGGCUAACGCUCAACUUGUAUCACCAUUUUACCCUGAAAAAUAUCCGUCAGGAAGUUCUUGUCGCUACAUGCUAAUAGCUCCACCAGGAUACACCAUAGAAGCUAGUUGUUCGAUAAAUAUAGAUGCUCCGCUGGGUACGAGCUGUUCAACGGAACUUUUCUACAUUUCCGUGGAAGGCUUUUCGUCACUGGUGGGAAGCGAAUUUGCAUGUGGCGCCGGAACUGUGGUUCGAAAGUCACUGUUCAAUAAGCUAAUGAUAGCGUACACAUCGGCCAGUGCGGAUAAGUCCGGGUCCUUCAGCUGCGGAAUAAAAGUUCAACCACAGGACUGUGAUUGCGGUUGGUCACGAUGGCAAAAAAUUGUUGGCGGUACGGAAGCCGGGGUUAACGAGUAUACGUCCAUGGUUGGGUUGUUGGACAAGGUGACGGUUAGUGUAUUCUGUUCCGGUGCAAUAAUCAGUUACAGGUAUAUCCUAACGGCAGCUCACUGUGUAGAAAACCUCCCAAAUGUUGAUCGAAUACAAGCUCUCGUGGGCGAUCAGGACUACAGAACUGGGUUAGAUACUCCGUAUUCUGAACUGUACGAUAUUGAAGCAAUCAUUAUACAUGAAAGAUAUGUGCAAAGUACUCGAGACAACGACAUUUCUUUGAUUCGUACCGUGAAAGAUAUGCAUUGGAAUCGGGGUGUUGGCCCAGUUUGUUUGCCUUUCAGUUACAGAACGUAUGAUUUCCAAGGCCUUGAUGUGGACGUCGCUGGUUGGGGAACAACCAGUUUCGGAGGACCACAGAGUACAACGCUCAGACGAACUACGUUGAAAGUACUCAGCAAUAAUAACUGUAAUGUACAGUAUGUCAACAGUAACAAAAUAUGCACGUACGCGCCCGGAAAGGACACCUGUCAGUUCGAUUCCGGUGGGCCCCUGUACCUACGUGGCGUCCAACGUAUGUACGCAAUCGGAAUUGUCAGUUAUGGAGGCGUAUGUGCAGGAGCAACACCAUCAGUCAAUACAAGAAUAACUGCCUAUCUUGAUUGGAUUCAGAAUCGAAGCCCCGGUGCGUUCUACUGUGUGAAACAACAAUGAAUGUUGUCAUGUUAAUUACUUAAACUUUAUAAGUUGCAAUUGUAAUUAAAGUUUAAAUACUUGUACUUUCCUGUAUUAAAACGAUAGCUAAAUUUAAGUACAAUAGAGCAUUUAGCAAAAUAAUCGUAGCGACUUAGGCCGAAGGAGGCCGAAAUUUUAUAUGUGCUCACAGUUAAUGGACUUGUGAAUGAA